UACGGGGCGAUCCCUGCCGCCAGAAGCAAUAGGAUAGCCGCCGCCGCCGCCGCCACAGUCAUGGAGUGCAACAUUUGCUUCGAGGCGUACGACCUGGAGGUGCGCGUGCCCAAGACGGUGGUGCCGUGCGGACACCCCGUCUGCCUGCCGUGCCUGCAACGCGUCGGGAGGCAGCAGUGCCCUAGCUGCCGCGAGCCCUUUACCGUCCGUCCCGCGUCCCUGCCAAACAAUUUCUCCGUUAUCGACCUGAUGGAGAACCAAGGGAAGGCCAGGUAAGGAUCUUAACGAACGUGCUGCCUCCAAGUCGCGAUCACGUUCGGUU